GGGUGGUGUCUAACUGGUGUUUGCUAGAGAUAAUGUUCCCCACGACAUCCUCUAUUCUGGCUCUUUUGUUUGUUUUGCUUAUAGGCAGGAAAAGAACAAAACUUUUUCCAUAGACUUCUAAGAAGGCCUGAGUGUAACAGGCCAAAAAAAGAUGACGGAAAAUGAAAAGUGCACAACUGUGGAGAAAUACGUCGGUGAGAUUAAAGGAGGACUAAGGCCAACCAUGAAAAUCACUAUCAUGGGGGUAAUAUGCCCUGCCCCCAAGAGUUUUUCAGUGACUUUGCUCUGUGAUCCCAUGGAUGCCAGUCUGGACAUUGGGCUGUUGCUUGCGGUCAGCUUUCUUGAGAAAUCCAUUGUCCGGAAUUCACGGAUUGCUGGGAAAUGGGGUAAAGAGGAAAAGACCAUUCCCUACUUCCCAUUUACAGCAGGGGAGUCAUUUAAGAUGGAGCUCUUGUGCGAGCAUCAGCAGAUUCGGGUCUUGCUCGAUGGACGUCAGCUCUGCAGUUUCACUCAUCGUGUGCAGCCUAUGCAAAGGGUGACAGCUUUACAAAUCUCCGGAGACUUCAGGCUCACCAAAGUGGCUUGAAGAAAAGAAUAUAUAAUAUAUAAUCCCCUAUCUCCCCUUGGUUGUUGAAGAAAUGUUCUCCCUAUGCCGUUGGAUGUUGUUCAUUACUUUUGCUCUUAUGUGUGCUUCUUGAGAUUUUAAAUGAAGGCUGUGCUCUAUAAAUAGCCCUAUUAUACCUUGAUAAGUUGCAGCAAUAUAUUUCAAUGUGCAUUGUUUUACAGCUGCAGCAGCACUUUUGUCACAUCACCGGCUUAAAACUCAGAUUCUUUUUCUCAAUUCAGAUUGAAGCUGGUUUGAGGGGAAAUGCAUCAAAACACAGUGUUUCAUAAGAAAUGACAGGGUAGAUAUGAAGCGUAGCUAUCGUCAUGUGUACACUAUUUCCUAAACCAGCAAUGGGAGGAUGUAGAAUUAAUGAGACUAUGUACACAGCCUAUGAUAAGCUACCAUAUGUUAAAAGGCAGCACAUAUGUAGUUGUACUUUUUCCUAGCUGUAUAUCAUCUGAUCCGAAGCAUUUCUGGUGUGGACAGUCAUGCAACGACAACAUGAAGAAAACAAUGUGGUGAGAAAAAGGAGCAUUCCUAAUAAAGCAGUCCCUAUUCCA